AUGUCCACAGUUCCUGUACGGAGAACGUUGCGAACGACCCGCACGACCGCCAAGGAUAACGAAAACGCCCAUGCUCGUCCAUCUCGAAUUUCUUCUCGCGCGAAACCCCUUUCAUCAGUUUCUCAAAACGUUGUCUUGAAGGCGAAGUCUAUCGGUGACGCGAAGGAGGCCCCUGCUGGCAAGAGGAAACGUGAAGUUCUCACAGAGGUCACCUCACUCGUCACAAACAACGCCAGCCGACCAGUGAGGGAGAAAGGAAAGGAUGCUGCAUCCAAAAAGUUCGAUGGUGUUGUCAUCAGCAAAGCCAAACCUGCAUCUCGCCAGCCUCUGCGAACGAUCGCCUCAACAAGGCAGAACGUUGUCAAAGUUCACCAUGACUUGGAGAACGUCAAAGAGGAGCCAGAAGUAGUCACAGUCCACGAUGACCACGCCAUGGUUAUUUCCCCGCCCGUUGAGCGUACCCGCAUCACUAGGCAAAAGAACCGCUCUUCUGCUCAGCCCAGUCGCAUCCUACUGCAUCCCAACGAUGACGCGGAAGAUCAUCGGGUGGUUAAAAGACAGAGGACAUCUUCUGAAGCGCCCGAAGUCCCCGUCGACACGCAGUCUGCAGAAGCUGAGAUACAGAGGGACGAAGAUGCGGAAGCCGACGGAUUUGAAGAUGUACCCUUCGAAUUUGAGCCAGAAGCAGACCCCGAUGGUAAUGAGUGGGAUGACUUGGACGCCGAUGACGGGGAUGAUCCCCUGAUGGUCAAUGAGUAUGUUGUUGAGAUCUUCCAACACCUGAAGGAUAUCGAGGCUUUAACCAUGCCCAAUCCGAACUACAUGCAAACACAUAAAGAACUCUCAUGGCGGAUGCGUGGAAUCCUUUUGGACUGGCUGAUAAGCGUACAUGCUCGAUGCCGCCUCAACUCGGAGACGUUCCACCUCUGCACGAACAUCAUGGAUCGCUUCAUGUCACUGCGUGUCUGCUCCCUUGUAAAGUUCCAGCUAGUAGGUAUAACGUGCAUGUUCAUUGCGGCCAAGUACGAAGAGACCUACGGCACAUACACCGAAGCGCAGAUGUUCCAAGCUGAACGGUACAUCUUGAAGACGUUGGACUACAACUUGAAUCAUCCCAAUCCCAUGCAUUUCCUGAGGCGAAUAAGCAAGGCCGACGAUUUCAACGUUCGAGUCCGCACUUUGGGGAAGUACCUGUUGGAGAUUGGAUGCAUGGAGUGGAGGUUGCUUGCGGCACCGCCGUCGUUAUUGGCCGCUGCAGCAAUGUGGUUGGCGCGGCUAGCGUUGCAUAUGGAAGAUUGGACCCCUAAUUUGGCGCAUUACUCGACAUACUCGCAGAGCGAAAUCAUACCAACGGCUAACCUGAUGUUAAAUUACAUCCUUAAGCCUAUCCGUCACGAGCAGUUCUACAAGAAGUUCGCUCGUAAACAAAACAUGAAAGCUAGUGUAUACCUUCGAACUUGGGCAUUGGAUCGGUGGCCGGAAGGCUCGCAGGUCGAGCUGCAGGCAGUGCUACCCGAACUAAAAGCAGCAAUCCGGGAACAGCGCGCGGCGGAUGAACUCGCCAAAGAAGAGGCGGUCGUGAAUGCACAACUACUUGCACGAAAGUCAUAA